AUGGUCUACCAGGCAAAGAUGGCGCGCCAGGAAGGGACGGAGCCCCAGGCAGAGACGGUAAAGCCGGUACACCGGGCAGAGAUGGUACGCCAGGGCGGGACGGCAACCCAGGCAGAGACGGCAAAAACGGUACAGCAGGUAAAGAUGGUACGCCAGGAAGAGACGGGACCCAAGGCAGAGAUGGCAAAAACGGUACACCGGGCAGAGAUGGUGCACCAGGUGCGCCAGGAAGGGACGGAGCCCCAGGCAGAGAUGGCAAAAACGGUACACCGGGCAGAGAUGGUACACCAGGUAGAGAAGGUCAAAAAGGGGAACCGGGGCCACAAGGCUUACAAGGUCUUCCAGGUGCAAAAGGAGACCCAGGCGCAAAAGGAGACCAAGGCGCAAAAGGAGAUCAAGGCAGCCCCGGACCACAAGGUCAGAAAGGCGAGAAGGGAGAGCAAGGUCUCCAAGGCCAACAAGGACUCCCCGGUGAGAAGGGCUUACAAGGAGAGCCAGGCCUUCAAGGCGAACCGGGUCUGCAAGGUUUGCAAGGUCUCCCAGGCGAGAAGGGAGAUCAAGGCGACCCAGGACUACAAGGCUUGCAAGGCGAGAAGGGGGAACAAGGAGAACCUGGAUUGCAAGGCAUACCAGGUGAAUCUGGACCCCAGGGGCCUCAAGGUAUACCAGGCAAUGAAGGGCAACAAGGCGUGCCAGGCUUGGAAGGCCCCCAAGGACCGAAAGGUGAUUCAGCUGGAUACACAACAAACUACGGCUAUCUUGGUUGUUACCUUGCCAGUCAGGACGACAAGUACGGGCUAG